CUACUUGCAACAAACAUGGAAGGUAAAAUAAACCGAGGCAGAGGAGGGAGCUGGAAGAGAGGCGGCCGGGGUGGAAACGACGCCGACGGUGAGCACAGAGGCCGGGGUAGAGGAGGCCGCGGCCGAGGCAAACGGGACCACUACCGGGGUCGUGGACGCGGAGGAGUUUCCCACGCGGAGUUCCCUCAACGGUACCGAGAUGAGGGAGAAAAGGUUGAGGAUGAAGAUGAAGAUGAUGGAAUGGAGGUGUUCUCCCGGAGGAAGUUGGAGUCAAACUGGGAUCGUUACAAGGAGGCAGAGGGGGCGGAGGAAGAGGAUGACACACCCACUCAGAAAGGAACGAACUACCACGUGCUGCUGGAGUCAGCAGGGGAUUCGUUCGCUCAGUUCCGGUUUUCAGAUGAGAAGGACUGGGAGAUGGACUCGCUCACCGCCAGUCAGAUGUCAGCAGUGGUUUUGGAUCUCCAGGCUCUCGCCCAAACUCUUCAUCAGGUGCCUCUUCAUGAAAGACUCAACCUGGAGGCUGAGCUGGUUCAGGUUUCGACACCAGUCAACCUGCCGGCCGUUAGUCUCACACCUCAACAAGAAGUGUCAAAAACAAGCACAUUCACGCCUCCAUCCAGGGCUUUUAAAGCCCUCGGCACAAACCAGAACCCCUCCUCAGCUUCGACGAGCAUUUCCUCUGUGGUGGACGAUGGUGACGAAGAGCUGGACCAGCUGCUCGGUCUACAGAAACCAGUCUCGGAGCAGCAGCCAGUCAGUCCACAGGAGGAAGCUUCUCCACACAAAGUGCCUGAAGCAGAGGAAUCAAAAGUUGUUCACAACAACGUACAAGAUGAAGAAGUUGGAUCUUCAAAGUCCGUUAAAGAAGAGAUGACGGAGGAGGAUCUGGAGGACUGGCUCGACAGCAUGAUCUCCUGACUGGCGAAGGACUACCGUAGUUCAGAGCGCCCUCUGCUGGUAGAAGGACUCACCUGCUUCCCGUUGUGAGUGACAGAAGACAGGAUGGUGCGGAGAGUCUUGAAGCC